AUGCGGAAGAGAACAUCUUAUUACCAGUUGUUGGCAGCUGGAUGGCCAAGACAGACAGGACACCCUGGACCAGUGGGUGAGAUGGGGAGACCAGGUUUACCUGGUGGCAUUGGACCCAAGGGUGUUCGAGGCCGAGCAGGGACUCAAGGAAGAGAUGGAGAGAAAGGUCCAGAUGGGGCAACAGGAUCUCCAGGUGUCCCUGGUCUACAGGGUCCUCAUGGUUACAAAGGUGACACAGCGCCCCCUGGUGAGAAAGGAGAUGAGGGUUUUCCUGGUGCUCCUGGCCCCAGAGGAGACAAUGGACAGACUGGCCAGAAGGGCUCAAAAGGAGACAUUGGGUUUACUGGCUUUUCUGGUCCUCCAGGACCGGUUGGUUUACAAGGUUUUCAAGGGAUUCCUGGGCCACCUGGUCCUAAGGGGGAUCCAGGGAAUGAUGGAAAACGUGGUCCUCCUGGGACAGUAGGAGCACCAGGUGCUACAGGAUUGGUUGGUGCACAAGGUGUUAAUGGCUCAGAAGGGGAUAUUGGACCUGCUGGCCCUGUGGGUCGGAAAGGCCCUCAGGGGCCUAGAGGGAUCGAGGGAGAUAGAGGCCCACCUGGUCAUUCAGGAUCACAGGGACUUAAAGGUCAGGCUGGUCCACAGGGUCUCAGAGGUUACAGAGGGCCAGAGGGUCCAGCAGGUAACAGAGGGCUACAAGGCAUUGAAGGGCCCAUGGGUGCAACUGGAGAUCCAGGUCCAAAAGGCUUUCUAGGUGUCACCGGCAAUAGAGGACCGGAUGGAGAGAAAGGUGACCGAGGACCCAAGGGGAAAAAAGGACCAAAAGGAGCACCAGGGAUCAUGGGUCCUCAGGGUGAGAGGGGCCAGCCAGGCCUCCCCGGCUUACCUGGUGUCAAAGGUCAGCCAGGUGCUCCAGGUAUCCAGGGUAUAGAUGGUGAAGUGGGUCCUCAGGGAAUGCUUGGAAAAGAGGGUCAAAAGGGUCGAGCAGGCCAACAUGGUCCCCCUGGUGUACCUGGAAUAGUGGGUUUAAGAGGUCCAGUUGGUGCAGAGGGACCAGAAGGAAAGCCUGCAAAGUAA